CUCCCUGAAGCACUGGGGGGCGGGAAGGAGGGGGGCUGGACCAGCGGCCGAGGACCCGGCCGAGAAGACAGUGCGCUGAGGAGAUGGAGGGCGACGGGCUGCCGUGGGGCAGCGAGCCCGUAUCGGGUCCGGGCCCUGGAGGCGGCGGAAUGAUCCGCGAGCUGUGCCGGGGCUUCGGUCGUUACCGCCGCUACCUGGGACGGCUGAGGCAGAACCUGCGCGAAACCCAGAAGUUCUUCCGCGACAUCAAGUGCUCCCACGACCACAACUGCCCCUCCUCCCCUACCGGCGGCGGUGGGCCCGAGCCCGGCCCUGCUGGCGAUGUCGCCGAAACCGGGCUGCAGGCCGGCCAGCUGAGCUGCAUUUCCUUCCCACCUAAGGAAGAGAAGUACCUCCAGCAGAUUGUGGACUGCCUCCCCUGCAUAUUGAUCCUUGGCCAGGAUUGUAAUGUCAAGUGUCAAUUGUUGAACCUGCUGUUGGGGGUACAGGUGCUUCCUACCACCAAACUGGGCAGUGAAGAGAGCUGUAAGCUCCGGCGCCUCCGCUUCACCUAUGGAACUCAGACCCGUGUCAGCCUGGCACUCCCUGGACAGUACGAAUUAGUGCACACGCUCACUGCUCACCAGGGCAACUGGGAGACCAUCCCUGAAGAGGACUUGGAGGUUCAAGAGGACAGUGAGGAUGCUGCUCAUGUUUUAGCUGAAUUGGAGGUGACGAUGCACCAUGCCCUCUUACAGGAGGUGGACAUUGUGGUGGCACCAUGCCAAGGUCUCCGGCCCACAGUGGAUGUUCUGGGUGACUUGGUGAAUGACUUUUUACCUGUGAUAAUGUAUGCACUCCACAAAGAUGAACUCUCUGAGAGAGAGGAGCAGCAGCUUCAGGAAAUCCGAAAGUAUUUCUCCUUUCCCGUGUUCUUUUUCAAAGUGCCAAAGUUGGAGAUAAUAGACUCCUCUGUCAGGAGAAUGGAGAGUGAAAGAUCACCGCUAUAUCGCCAACUAGUUGACCUGGGUUUUCUAAGCAGCAGUCACUGGAACUGUGGGGCCCCCAGUCAGGACACUAAACCUCAGAGCAUGUUGGUGGAGCACAGUGAGAAGCUGAGGCACUUGAGCACGUUUUCUCACCAGCUGCUACAGACCCGCCUGGUGGAUGCGGCCAAGGCCCUGAACUCGGUGCACUGCCACUGCCUGGAUGUCUUCAUCAACCAGGCCUUUGACAUGCAGCGGGACCUGCAGAUUACUCCCAAACGUCUGGAAUAUACUCGAAAGAAGGAAAAUGAGUUGUACGAAUCAUUGAUGAAUAUUGCCAACAGAAAGCAGGAGGAAAUGAAGGACAUGAUUGUUGAGACACUUAACUCCAUGAAGGAGGAACUUCUGGAUGAUGCUGCCAACAUGGAGUUUAAAGAUGUCAUUGUCCCUGAGAAUGGAGAACCAGUGGGCACCAGAGAGAUCAAAUGCUGCAUUCGACAGAUCCAAGAACUCAUCAUCUCCCGGCUUAAUCAGGCGGUGGCUAACAAACUGAUCAGCUCUGUGGAUUAUCUACGUGAGAGCUUUGUUGGAACCCUGGAACGGUGUCUGCAGAGCCUGGAGAAGUCACAGGAUGUCUCCAUUCACAUCACCAGUAAUUAUCUCAAACAGAUCUUAAAUGCUGCCUAUCAUGUUGAAGUCACGUUUCACUCAGGGUCCUCGGUUACAAGGAUGCUGUGGGAGCAAAUCAAGCAGAUCAUCCAGCGCAUCACAUGGGUGAGCCCACCUGCCAUCACUCUAGAAUGGAAGAAGAAGGUGGCCCAAGAAGCCAUUGAGAGCCUCAGUGCCUCCAAGUUGGCCAAGAGCAUUUGCAGCCAAUUUCGAACUCGGCUCAAUAGUUCUCAUGAGGCUUUUGCAGCUUCCUUACGGCAGCUGGAAGCUGGCCACUCAGGCCGGCUGGAGAAAACUGAAGAUCUGUGGCUGAAAGUUCGGAAAGAUCACGCCCCACGCCUGGCCCGCCUUUCUCUGGAGAGCCGUUCUUUACAGGACGUCUUGCUGCAUCGUAAACCUAAACUGGGACAGGAACUGGGCCGGGGCCAGUAUGGUGUAGUAUACCUAUGUGACAACUGGGGAGGACACUUCCCUUGUGCCCUCAAGUCGGUCGUCCCUCCAGAUGAGAAGCACUGGAAUGAUCUGGCUUUGGAGUUUCACUACAUGAGGUCUCUGCCGAAGCAUGAGCGAUUGGUGGAUCUUCAUGGUUCAGUCAUCGACUACAACUAUGGUGGUGGCUCCAGCAUUGCUGUGCUGCUCAUUAUGGAGCGACUACACCGGGACCUCUACACAGGUCUGAAGGCUGGACUGGCCCUGGAGACGCGUUUGCAGAUAGCACUAGAUGUGGUGGAAGGAGUCCGCUUCCUGCACGGCCAGGGACUCGUCCAUCGUGAUAUCAAACUGAAAAAUGUACUGCUGGACAAGCAGAAUCGUGCCAAGAUCACUGACUUAGGAUUCUGCAAGCCAGAGGCCAUGAUGUCAGGCAGCAUUGUGGGGACGCCAAUCCAUAUGGCCCCAGAACUUUUCACAGGAAAGUAUGAUAAUUCUGUGGAUGUCUAUGCUUUUGGGAUUCUCUUCUGGUAUAUCUGCUCAGGCUCCGUCAAGCUCCCUGAGGCAUUUGAGAGGUGUGCUAGCAAAGACCAUCUCUGGAACAAUGUGCGGAAAGGGGCCCGCCCAGAACGUCUCCCUGUGUUUGAUGAGGAGUGCUGGCAGUUGAUGGAAGCCUGUUGGGAUGGUGACCCCUCUAAGAGGCCUCUUUUGGGCAUUGUCCAGCCCAUGCUCCGGGGCAUCAUGGACCGACUGUGCAAGUCAAAUUCUGAGCGGCUGAACAGAGGACUAGAUGAUUCUACUUGAAAGCAAAGGCCUUUCUCCUCCAUUCUUUGUUUCUUUCCUUCCCCUCACCUUUUGGCCAUGGGGAGAAUUUGACAUUGUUUUCAUUAUAGGGAGCUCCCAAGGAAGUGGUGCUUGCUGGGCAACUUAGGACCUUCCUAGGCAGAGGUGGCUCCUGGACAGUGAAGAGUUGGAUGACUGAGCAUUCUGAGCAGGUCACAGAUGCCCCACCCUAUCCCUUUGGCAAAAGAUUGUCUAAGAUGUAUAAAAGCUGCGGAAUGUUACGUUCUGGCCUCAGAACUAAAGGAGGCGAUUGUUACCAUUAUCUAUUCACUGUAUUAUGUUUCUAAGACAGUAAGUGGGACACUGCAGUGGCAAUAGUAUUGAAAAUGUAUCAUUUUCAUGAUUUCAGCAUUAGGAAUAGUUUGAUUCUACCCAGUGGUAAGGACCACUUAGAAAAUUUUUUAGGUCAAGAUUGUGUUAACAUAGGGACAAACAAGACAAAACUUGUGGAUGCCUGGAUCCUGCUAUCUGAAACCAGGAAUCUCAGGUUGUAAUGGUCAGAAGCCCCAACAAGGAAGCUAGAAACAAAGCUGUCUUUUCCUCACAGUGCCAGUGUGUUUACAUUUAUAGGGUUACACGUCCCUGAUUUCUGGGAGGUUUCACUGUUACAUUACCAAGAGGCCAAAAAAGAAAGAAAAGAAGAAAGUGUGCAUAUGUCUGUGUAUAUAUAUAUAUACAUAUAUAAGCUAUUGGAUUUUGAGUUAUUGCUAACUCCAGAACAGAAUCUGUUGGGUCUUCCUCCCACCCCUCUUCCCUCUUUUGGUCUUAAGGUGGGAAAGCUCCAGAUUACAUGGUACUUAGGAUUCGGAGAGCAGAACUGACCCAGAGUGAAGCAUGUGGGUAAGACCUGAGAGGUGGCAAUGAUAGGGAACCUGGCCUGCAUACAAGCCUACUGGAAGUGUGCAUACCAGCUUGGUCUCAAAACUUAAAUCAGAAACUCUUUGGGGGUUUGAAUCUAACACACUAAUGUUUUAAAAACUUGACCAGUGGUUGAAAAGCCAAGGUUUCUUCUGUCCCUUCUUUAUCUUAUUUUAGAUAUAAUCUGUUAGAAGUAAAAAGGAACCAGAUGAAAGAGAAGAAGAGCCCUGUGGUAGCUCUGUGUGUUAGUGGCUGGAAGCACUGCUCCCUUCCGAGUGGAAGGUGGAGGAGUGGUAGUCUUUGGAGGUGUUCUUAAGAAGUAUACAUCAAGACAAAGAUGGACAAUUCCAGUCAGAGGAAAGGGGAACAAUUUGCCAUUGGUGCAUCUCAGGGCUUGAUUUCAAACCUUCUUCCACCAAACUGUUUCAUUAGUUUAGAAACAGAAGUAGAUGAAGAAAUAGAUAGUGGAGGUGAAUAGCCUCCAACCAUCUGUCCAGUCUCAAGAACUCUGGUCUGGCCCUUUGUGUUUAUCUCCAAAGUGUGUGAAUCAGGUCCCCAGUAGGUGUUUAAGAUGAGUGUUAAAUUAGCUGCUGGGAUUUUCUAGGGUCGUCUGUAACUGUAUGACCGUCUCUUACAUAUUAAUGGAGUAAGUGGAGUCUAUAAGACACUUUUAUGUAACUUUUAAAGUUCGCUUUUAACUUUAGCUACCCUUGGCUCUGAUUAUGACACAUUUGAGCAUAGAAGCCCCUAAGCACUGCAUCCUUUCAGAAACUCAUGUAAUGCUAUAAACUUUUUUAUUUGCAAAUGAUAAAGGGGACCCAGUGUCUUUGGGUUCACUGGCUCCAGCUUUGUUUUGGUGGAAUGUUCAGUUUAUCUCUUAGAAUCUGAACACCUAUUUAGUUACAUAUUUCAAUACAUACUUCAAGUCACUAUUCUCAGCAUGAAUUUGUUGCCCUCUGGGGACGAUGAUGGGGCUUAUAGGAAGCCAGGUGGUUAAGUUAAAGGAGAAGUGAGUAGUCUCUACUUGGGUGAAAAUCAUUAUAAAUCUGUACUGUAUGAAAUUUCAAGAAAAGUCUUAUAUGUUAGUUCCCUUUGUCAGAUUUUUGUCUUCUAACUCUAGCUGGAAUCAGGAGUCUGUACUUCCAUUGUGGAGACUACAUUCCUAACAUUCUUGCAAAGCCUUAGCUCAUACCCCAGUCACACAUGGGAUGUUAGAUUUUCCUACCCAAGUUCCUUUUCAGUUUAUCCCCUGUGGCUUAGUCUGCUCUGAUAACCAGUUUUCUAGCAGGUUCUCUACAUUUUUUGCCCAGUGGGAGGGAGUAAGGGAGAAACUAAUGCUAAGUCAGGAGUUGUUUUACAGUUAAUUUUUAAAAAGUAUUCUGAGAAAAGGUGCAAGAUAUUCCUGAAAGUCCCCAGGCCAGCCAAAGUCCACAUGUGGAUAUUUGGGAGCAUUAUUUAAACACUCAGCAGGCUGAGUGCAGGAAUAUGUGUGUAUGAUGUGUGUAUAUUUUACUUUUGGUUUAUAACGUUGUUAGCUAAUUUUGAAUUCUAGUUUGCUGGCACCCAUUAUUAUUAAAGUGAUGGUAUGCCAUUAAAUGUACUGUAUUGUAUAUCACUUGGGAAGACACUAGGCAUUCAUAGAAGUGUUGCAGCACUUGGAUGAUAGAGGGCUCAGUAUGGCUGAAGAGUUUACUUCCCAGCUCUAGUUAGUUGUGUGUCUGAGUGGAGAGGUGAGAUUGUGGCUGAGGGAGGAAGAGAGGCAUGAAGAAUUAGCCUCACUGCAUACAGUCCUUCUAAAGAAUUGAAUGAGGGAAGUUUACCCAGCCCAAAAUGUUCACCUGGCCUUUUUAAUGAAUGAGCUUGAAGUCUGAUUGCUCAUUUUGCUUAAGAACUGAGUGAGAGGCUUCCUGGAGAGGAAUGAUGGUGACGCCUGGGACCCUGGGAUGGCUGACCCUGUGCCUAGAGAGCUAGCAGCAACAGGGCUGCCUGAGAACUGCUGUUUCUGGGAGGUGUCUAAGGCACCCCGUUUCCUCCAUCCUCUGCAGAGAGCAACUUCUCAAUUGAACAGCCUGGUACUGUCCAGGAAGGAGGACUGUGCUGGUUGUUCCCAGACCAAAGAGAGUCACUUUUGACUCCAUCAACUCUAAGGGGACAGAGCCGAGGCAGCAGCUGCUCCCAACUUAACACUAAAGCUGGAGGAAACAGUGGAGGAAAGAACACAUUACUAAGGGGUAGAAAUAGGGCAAUGACCUGUAUCUGUGAACUCCCAAAGGCAUUUUUGUAUCUUUGCUUGGGCUACCAAAGAGAGUGGGAGGGCUGCGGGUGGAGCUCAGUGGUAGAGCAUAUGGCUUACUAUGCUCCUGGCCUUGGGUUCAGUUCCCAGCACAGAAAACAAAAAAAAAAAGAGUGUUUGGGAAAAUUUUUCCUGACAGAAGUAGCUCAGGGUGGCAGGGCUGCGAGUGACAACCGCACUAAAUGACACUUUAUUUUUUGGCUUAUUGUUUAGCACUGAGAAGCCCCGGGGAGUAGUGAUUACAGUAGCACUUUGGGAAACUGAGGUACUCUCUGGCCGUGCUUUAGAGAGACACCAUGCUUCUUAUUCUUUUGGGCUAAUCAGGAAGCCUUCAAAGUUCAUGUUGUAUCAGAGCGGAAUGAAUAGCCCUGGAAAAGUCCAUUGCCAAAAGGGGAGUUACUCUGAGUUUUCAAAUUUUGAUUCUUGGAUUUGCUGGAUCAAAUAACCCAUUUUUUCUUUAAAAGAAAAUGAGAGAUUUAUACUAAUGAUGGGUGUGGGGUGGGUUAGAGCUAGUAUGAUAUUUAAGUGGGUAAAAAAGGAGUGGUCUUAAGGCACUUGCAUUGAAAAUUCCCCUGGAGGUUUCAAGUAGCACUGUUGUUCUUAAAAGAGGUUCUGUUGUUAACAUCAUCUGCUUUGUUGAUUUCUAGUCCAGUUGAGAGAUGGCAGAGUCUGUGAGAAUACCUGACCCUGGGGAGGCCAGCUUGCUCAGAGGGUCCAUACAGAAAAUUGCCUGGACAGCUUAUUGUCUUUAUGCAAUGUUUUUUUGUUUGUUUUAAAGAACUAAUGUUUAUUACAGUGUUAAAUAAAAGUGUAACAUACUAAGUGUGUAGAAUAAAAGUGCAAUAACAAAAGAAAAUUACUUUGGCACAGAUGUCAGUCUCAACUCCCUCCCUUCUUGUACUGUUUGGCUUUUUCCACAUAUUGUUACAGCACGACCACAUGUGUAUUUUUAAGAGAUGCAACUAGGGGUCAAGUCUUCAUUGUGUACUUUUGAAUGGUCAGGUUUGGUUUUAUAGAGUAUUCUGUAUAAUUGUUAGGAUGCACAAAUACCAGAUGUGCUAUAUAAUAAAGAUCAUAUUAACAUUUUAGUUUUAUAUCUGUU